CCUGUGGUUAUGUCUGCGUUUGGGGCGGCUUAGCGUGUCGACGAUUUCAUUUAUAAAUUAACAACGAAAUUGUGCAGUUUAUAACACAAUUUGUUACUUUUUAAACUAAUUCAAGAUGUCUUACAACACUAGAGGUGGUUACGCCGCUGCUCAAAGACCACAAACGCCCAGUAUUGGGGGCAUCGGCCAACGCAGGCCUCCCAACGUUGCAAAUAACUUCGUAUCCGGUGGACAACUGAAGUCCUCGGGGAUGUCCCCGCAACCUCAACAACCGCAACAACAACAACAACAGCUGAACAAGCCGCAACAGCAGCUCUAUCAACAGUGUACGGGCAUACAGUUUCGCAACCAAUCGCAGCCCCAGCAGCAACAACCUCAAGUUCAGCAAGUUCAACAGAAAGCCGUGUCGACUCCAUCGAAACAGGAGUCGUUGAAGAUGGAAAUGGCCGAUAUGGAAACGCCCCAGCAAGUGUCCCAGCAGAUUAGCCAAGCGAUCGAUGUGAACGAUGUCACCGAUGGGACGGGGUUGAUCGGGGCCAAACAGAGAAAGUUUUUUUGGCAAGGUAAUAAGAUAUCGAAGAAGGAGAAGUCUCGAAGGCGCAAUUUGAGAUUGAAUAAGAGAUUACAACCGAAAAACGCCGUGAUGAUUCUAAACGAAUUGGUGAAGAACGUGAAUUAUGUAAUAGAAGAAUUGCCGGUGAAAGUCAACGAUAAUCAAUUCAAAGUGACGGUUUCGUACGAGGGAGUCGAGCACGUGGGAUACGGUCACAGUAAAAUUCAGGCGAAAAACUACGCGGCCGAAGCGGCUUUGAAGCACUACGUGAAGGCCAACAGAUUGACGGAUAUGAAGAAAGCUGAAGAAGAGGAAAAAAUGGAUGUCGAACAAGAUGAAGCGAACCAAUCGCCGUUGCCUUGGCAACAUAUAGCUUCUUUUGCUUUGUAUAAAUUAUUCUGUUCGUGGGGCGAAGAUCCCAACAUUGUCAAGAAUCCAACGCAAAACUCUCCGGUAUUGAAUAAACCGCCCGAGAACCGACCGGCCAGGAAGAUGCCGGAGAAUCCCGAAAGCAUAAAUCCAUUGAUGUUGGUGAAUCAAAUGCUCCCUCACGCGGAAUUUGCGGAAAUCGGUAAAACCGGAGCACCCCCGAAUAUUAUGUUUUCGUUUACAUGUACUGUGGAUGGAGAAUCAUUCGUCGGGACUGGUCCGAAUAAGAAAGCUGCUAAGAAAAUGGCUGCCUUCGGAGCGUGUAGUAAAGUUUUAGGCGUGGAGUAUCCCAAAGAAGUGUAUGCCGGUGUUGUAGUUUAAUUAAUUUAUUUUAUAAAAUUAAUUUUGUUUAUUUUUUUGAAUACUUUAUUGUGUUUUUUAUAUUGAUCUGUUAAACUGAUACAAAAGUAGUUAGAUAGUUUUACAUGGUUCACCGCGUAUGGUUUUUACUCUUCAUUUUAUAAUUAAUAAGAGCAAGAGAAAAAAAUGUAAUUAUUAUUUAAUAAUUUAUUAGAAUCUUUUUAUUAUUUAAUAACGUUUGUAAAGUUAUAAUGAAAGUCUACUAAUUAAU